UUACCCCCUAAAAAGGGGGAACGGGCCUUUGUCUGUGCGACGGCCCGUCGCAGGGGGGAACCCGCCGCUGGCGUGCGGCGGGUGUGGGGAAGCCUCCGCCGCCGCCACAGCCACGAGUAAGAGCCGGCGAGCAGCGACGGAGGCACGGGCUCUCUGGGCAGGCGCCCUGCGGACACCCGUAGCUGACACGUGCGAGCAGCCGACUGGCCGACUUGACCACGGAGGGGUGGCCCUAAGCGAGGAUGACCCCACGGGUCCACCUCUCCUCCGUAGAAGGGCCACCCGGCUGCCCGCCCGAGGAGUGCUGGCGUUCCACUGGGGCAGGUCACGUGGGCAGGUCACGGAGUUUAGCAGAGGGCAGCUAUAGGAGUUGGCAGAUGUCGCUUACCACAGCACAGCCAGGGGCUCCAGCUGCCGUUCAUGACAAAAGCAAUCCUGACUGGGCUCCUAUACUGAACUUUGGGCACAAGAACUUUGUAGCCAAUGAGCCCUAUGCAAUGAAGUCAAUGGAACGGUAUGAGCGAUUGCUGACAAGGAAGAAAGGAACUAAAGACUUGGAUGCUGCGCGAGGGCUUUUACAGUUACACAAAGAAGGAGCCUGCCCUGAGGUGCUGACUGGUGCCGUCCAAGCCUGCCCUGAGAUGCUGACUGGUGCUGCCCAAGCCUGCCUUGAGGUGCUGGCAGGUGCUGCCCAAGUCUGCCCGAAGGUGCCAGCAGAUGCUGCCCAAUCCUGUCCUGAGGUGCCAACUGAAGAUCUACAAGAGACUCUGCAGAAAGUAUCAUGUGCAUCACAGACUGAACUUUCUUCUCAUUUGAUUGGGGCAUUGCAAGAUGAAUUUAAUCAUGCAACUGUGGAGAAAGUUAACUUACAACAGGUAGUAGAUAGUUUGAAAUUCACAGAAAACUUCUUCAAAGAUGAUGACAAGAAAGUGAAAUUCUAUACUGGACUUCAUCGUUACAUUGAUUUGAUGGAUUUGUUUGACUUCAUUAAGAGCCAUAUUACCAUAACCAGUAAGACUUUAACACCUUUCCAGAUGAUGAUCAUGACACUAAUGAAACUUCGCCAUAAUUUUCCUGUUCAAGAUCUAGCAUACAGAUUUAAUAUUUCUUCUUCUUCCUGCUCCAUAGUAAUUCUUAGGAUUUUGGAUAUUUUAUAUCGAAGAACAAGCUGAAUGAUCAAGUGGCCAACCAGAGAGGAAUUACAGCAAACUAUGCCAAUGACCUUUAGAGAACACUGUAGAGAAGAUUUGUGUUAUUAUUGAUUGCUUUGAGUAUUUUCUGGAUCGGUCAACAAACUUAUUGGCACAGGCCAAGACCUGGUCUUCUUAUAAGCACCACAACACCAUAAAUUUUUAAUUGGAAUAUCUCCUCAGGGAAAUGUAUCAUUCAUAUCCAAGGGUAGUAGAACAAGUGAUAAAUACAUCUUUGAACAUUGUGGGAUUCUAGAUUACAUUUUGCCUGGAGAUUAUGUUAUGGCAGACAGAGGUUUUUACAUAGCUGAUGCAUUGGCUGUUAAACGUUCAACUCUUCUAGUUCCUGCAUAUAUGAAGGGAAAGAAACAGUUGAGCAGGGAUGAGAUAGUAACCACAAGGAAUAUUGCUAAUGUAAGAAUUCAUGUUGGGAGAGUCAUAGGUUCAGUUUGCCAAAAAUUUAAGAUUCUAGCAGGACCUCUUCCUAUGCAUUAUGUCAUGAAGAAAGACAGUCUGAACUUGACCACAAUUGACAAGAUAGCUGUCAUUUGCUGUUCCUUAGCAAAUAUGUGCCCAUCAGUGGUAAGCUUUGAAUAAAUUAAAAUAGGCAGUGAAAUAGGUAUUCAUCUGGUAGAAUUUCAUUGUGUCUUUUAAGAAUAUCUUAAAGCUUAAUUCAUACACACCAUGCUCUCUUUAUCCAGUGCAUUCUUGUUUGCAGAUUUUAGCAAUAUUUUUAUUGAAUUACCCUUGAAAUGUUGUCAAGCUAAUGACUCAAAUAAUAGUGUAAAAACUACUUUCCUGCUAUUUGCAUAACAGAAGCAGGUAAGGUAAAUGUAUACGUUUGUAACAUUUUAUCUAAUAGUGUUCAAUUUUAUAUAUUUUGAGAAGACUGGAAGAUGAGAAUGAGGUGCAUGGCCAGGUGCAAAUGGAAACUUUGCUGCCAUGGCCAGCCCCUAGAUGGUUAAUGUGCACUGUACAAUUAUCUUAUUAUUGCAUUGUGCUGGGAAAUAGUCUCAUAAUAAAAGGCAUGAAUAACAAAAUUUAAAGAAAUACUAUGAGAUUGCAUAACCUUUAUAUAAUAAACUUUCAAUCAAUCAGUGCACGCUUUAAUACUGAUGCUUGUUCCUGGGUGAUGGUUAUUUGUAUGCUUUCAGCAGCUUCUUUAAUCUCCUCAAAGGCUUUAUCUACCAAUGUAUCAUCUCUAAGUCUGGCUAGAGGAACAGGCAGAUCUUUGCCUAAGGAAACAGAUAAUGGAAUAAAUUUAGUGUUGAAUGGUUUCUUUACUGUAAGGAUUACUGCCUUUGACUCGUGCUAAAAAAUGGUGUGAAAGAAUUAGAGCUCAUCUUCAGUGGGUUGAAUAAAAUUUUUUGGCUUACUGGAGUGUGUAGGUGGGACAUUAUCAAGAGCAUCAUCAAACACUUUUCCUUUUGGCUGCAGACCUGAAGUCAAGAGACAACGGCUGCCAAGCACCUAUGGUUCAUGGGUCUCCUCAAACAGCACCCAGAGGCCAACCUGCUGUUCAAGGAAGGUAGGAACGUUCUCUACAUCUCGUUGGAUAAUAGGCCUGUGUAUGAUCAGCUUGUCACGGAGGGCUUUCAGGGGGAAGUCAUGGUGCCGCUGGAGGAGGCUCCAAAAACUGUGCUUGUUCAUAGUGUGCCCACCUAUGUGUCUGUCAAUUGUUUAGCCACUCCUCUGGGCUUUCUGUCGCUGAAGAGGCGGUUUGUGGGUCAGACGGCAUGCCCACAACUAUGUACUUGGCUCAGUGCAGGACGACAUCCCUGAGGAAGUGUGGAUCUGUGGCCUGGGCAGAAAGUGGGUCACUCCUUACAGACCUGAGCCUGACCUCUGCCACCGUUGCAGUCGCUGAGGUCAUAAGGAUUGGGUGUGUAGAUCGUUGUGUCGGUACUGCACUGGCCACCACCACUUGGAGGAGUGUAGAAAACUGAUCCAGGACAGUGUCCACGGUGCUGUAAAGGAGCUAUUACACUGGGCAAAUUUUCCGUGGAUCUUCAGUCAUAAAAUUGUCAAUUUUUGCCUACAUGAACAUACUACCAUCGUCUUACCAUCACACUUGUCCCACACUCUCAGCGUUCCAUGGUCUUGACUCUUGACCGACACAUUUUCACAAGUAUGGCUGAUGCCUGACGUCCCUGUUUGCACCCCCGUUUUCACUCAAAGUGACACUCAAUUUAUACAAGCAACGGAAAAAGAAAAGAAUGUGGAGGCAACAAUGGCUUGCAAGAAGAGAGGAGGGCAGUGAAGUGAUGCAGCUGUUGCAAAAACUACAUCUAGAAGACGAAGUGACCUCGGAGGCCUUGGUCCAGGCAACAACACUCAUAGCUGAGCGAAUGUAUAGGGACAGUAGGGUGUAGCUUCUUCCUCUUCUUCAUAUGUUUCUUGUUAUUGCUGAUGAUGAUGAUUGUGAAUACCAUCGUCCUUCGGUGAAAUCUACCGUAGCUACAGAA